UAUCUGUGAUUGUAAAAAUUAAAUAGUUAAAUACUGAGAAAGUGAAAACUCAAUAAAGAAUGCUAUUCAUUAAUCAUUUCCUGUAGACGAUAAGUAAAAUUAACUUGGAUACUGUGUAACAACUUAGGAAUUUAAAUACUGAAUUGAAUUUUGGUCUUCUGUCAUUAUUAUUGACAUUGAUAUUAAGAAAAAUAUUUGAAUGAAAUUCACUAGCAGUGUAUCAUAUUAUUUAAAUGACUACUCGAAGAAGACGAGGGAAUUCUGAUUCAGAUCAAACGUUUACAAAUAAUUAUACCACUCAGGAGUCUUCUGUUGUUUAUUCAGGGGAAAAAGAAACAGACAAAAUAAUGCCACGAGACCGCACUGCUGAAUUCAAUAGUGCAGUCAGAUCCCUUCAAGGUCGACAAAUAGCAAGAGCUGUGCAAGUUCGAGAUGUAAAAAAAGUAAAAGCUCUUCAGAGCUACGGAGAGUUUAUGAUGAUAGCCAAAAGUGUUGGCUUCAACAUUAGUAAUACAUAUGCAAAAUUAGAAAAAUUGACCUUACUUGCCAAACGGAAAUCGUUAUUUAAUGAUAGACCUCAAGAAAUUCAAGAGUUGACAUAUAUUAUUAAAGAGGAUUUGAAUAGUUUAAAUCAACAAAUUGCAAAAUUACAAGAUGUUGCUAAACUGCAAAAAGCUGCUCAGAAUAAUGUUGGACGAAAGCAUUUGUUGUCACAUGAGUCAAGUGUUGUAUUAUCAUUACAAUCAAAAUUGGCAAAUAUAUCGAAUGAAUUUAAACUAGUUCUUGAAAUAAGAACAAAAAAUUUAAAACAUGCCAAAACAAGAAGAGAUCAAUUUUCUCAAGGAAAUAAUUUAGCUGCAUUAUCAGAUUCAUCAUCCCUAGUUCCAAGACACAAUUCUCUUCUAAUGUCUAGUAAUCAAUGUGCUAUAAACAUGGAUAAUAAUGCUGAUCAAGAUCGACUACAGCAAGUCACACAACAGACACAAGCAUUGGCGGUUUAUGAUAAUACUGAUCAAUAUUUGUAUAGUAGAGCAGAAACCAUGCAAAAUAUUGAAUCAACUAUUGUUGAAUUGGGUGGAAUAUUUCAACAACUUGCACAUAUGGUUAAAGAACAAGAAGAAAUGGUUGAGAGAAUCGAUUCCAAUGUUCAAGAUGCUGAACUGAGUAUUGAAGCAGCUCAUACUCAAAUAUUACGUUACUUUCAAUCAGUAACUUCCAAUCGAUGGUUAAUGAUAAAAAUAUUUGGUAUUUUAAUAUUUUUUUUUAUAUUUUUUGUUGUAUUUGUUUCUUAAACAUGCAUAUCUACUUUUUUUGUUUAUAUCUAGACAAAUUGUUAUUAAUCCAUACACUGUUGUCCAAUUAUAAAAUUAUGAAAUAUCUGUAAAAUAAAUAAUAAUACUAUAUAUAUAACCUUAUUACAUUUUACUAUUACACUUUUGUUAUUUAUUUGUUAUAAUAUUGCUUAAAAGUAUUUUAAAUUUAAAUAAAUUUUUAUCUCAUA